AAAAACAGCAGCGGGAAAGGGAUAUUCGCAUGGCGGGCGCGGGAUGUUUAUUUCCUGUGAGCUAUGGCAGUGAAGAAAACGAUUACAAAUUAUGUGGAACGAUUGAAACAGUUUGAAGAAUUGUGCGAAAAAACAGCGAAAACGACGACGUCUCGACUGCCCAUUGCAGGAAAAGAUUUCGUAUUUUUCACUCAGGAUGCCUUGGCAAAGCAAAAGCAGCUGUGGAUCCCAUCGAAGAGUACGAGCAAAGAAACCCAUCCCAAUGAUCCAUCUGCCUCCGACACGCAUAGAGAUUUACGUAGAGGUGUUUCUAACACUGUUUCGCCAUCUAAGACUAAUCUUAAUUUCACCAAUAACUUUAGGGGCCUUCAAAACAGUCCUCAUGUCUCUCAGGGAGUUAAAGAAGGUGCUUCCAACACGUUUAAAAAGUUACCUCUCAGCGUUUCUAGUUCAGUUUCACCUGCUCGAGCCAGUUUGAACUCGAACACCAAUUGUAAGGAACCGAAGAACAAAGCUUUAGAAGCAUGCGGAGCUAGCUUGGCUGCGAAAAAUGUCGUUGGAGGCAUAACAAAUGGAAAAAAGACAGAAGCCGCACUUGUAAGAGCUACUACAUCGAAAAAUGCGGCUUCUGCGACUGUGGUGGUUCCGGAGAGUCAGUUUCCCAGCAGCCCUGAAUUUGAAUGGUUCGAUGACGAUGGUGAUGAAUACAUCGACAUCCCAACACCAUCGCCUCCGAACUUGAUUGUUGACAGCGAUGACGAAUUUGUCAGUGGUCAACCUGAACCGGUUAAGCUGCAACAGGACUCAACUCUACAUAGCAGCAAGUUCACAAGCAUUAACGAAGGUUGCCUGAACCCUUCAGAUAUUGCACAAAUAGAAAACAGCCAAUGGCUUUCAAAGAGCCUAGUUGCAUCGGACAACUUAGAUUUAGCAUUGAAAGAACUGCAAGGUAUGAACCAUCGUCUUGCGGCCCAUGUUUGUAACCUUAUCUACAAGAUCAGGAACGUUCCCUCAACAGUGAUUAAAUUGUUAGAACUCCGUCUCAAAGUAGUUGAACAGCUGAGAAGAAUAGCUACCCUACAAAACGGUAGUCGGAAAGGGAAUGGUCCAUCCAUUGACGUAGAAGAAAUUUCGUUGAACAGCCCAAGAAAUGUCACACCGCCCAGCACAAGCAGGGCUAGCACAAGCAAUAUGUUAUCGCUGUCUGCCAAAAUAAAGCAAGUUGCAUCAUCCGAGAAGCGUCUCAGUGCUUUCUUUGCACCAAAGAAAUGCUCUGAAGCCGACUCUGCCUAUUUCAAUCCACCAGCGACAUCCACGCAAGCUCGACCCGGGACGUCCUUACCUGUGCCAGACAGUGAAAUGAUCUGCGACAGUGAAACCCAGCAGUGCACAGUGAACUUACCCUCUCAUGAUUCUGCUGGGACAUCGGGAAAAUUUUUUGGUCCGCAUCAGGACGACGGAGCUUCGGCACAACUCAAGGGAUUUAACUUUCCCCACUCACGGGAGAUGCGUAAUAAAUUUGCAUCAGUUUUUGGUCUCAAACAGUUUCGGCAUAAUCAGCUCGAAGCCAUCAAUGCGGCCCUCUUGGGUGAGGACUGCUUUGUGCUCAUGCCAACGGGUGGAGGGAAGAGCCUGUGCUAUCAGUUACCAUCAGUCGUGGGACGAGGAGUUACUGUUGUCAUUUCUCCACUCAAGUCUCUCAUUCAAGAUCAGGUUCAGAAGAUGGCAGCACUAGAUGUUCCAGCUGCCCACCUCUCUGGGGAAUCUGACAGCAGCAGCGUCUACCAGGACUUGUACCGCGCAAACCCCGAGACGAAACUCUUGUACGUUACUCCGGAGAAGGUUGGCGCCAGCGGACGUCUGCUAGGAGCACUGCAGACCCUGCAUACGAGAGGACUCCUUGCACGCUUCGUUGUGGACGAGGCGCACUGCGUUAGCCAGUGGGGACACGAUUUCCGGCCAGAUUACAAGCGCCUGAGUGUUCUACGUGAGAAGUUUAAGGGAGUUCCUCUCAUGGCACUGACAGCCACUGCAACUCCUAGGGUGCGUACGGACAUUUUGCAUCAGUUGGGAAUGCCACGUCCACGGUGGUUCUUGCAAAGCUUCAACCGGCCUAACCUGCGUUACGAGGUGAGGCCCAAGAGCGGCCGCUCUGUGCUCAAGACCAUUGUGGAACUGCUCAAGGGGCAGUUUGCACGGCAAAGUGGGAUCAUCUACUGCUUUUCGCGGAAGGAGUGUGAUCAGAUGGCUUCGGACCUGAGCGGGGAAGGAGUGCCGACCCUGUCGUACCAUGCGGGCUUGGAUGAUGCAAAGCGAAAUCAGGUGCAGCGCCUGUGGAUUGAUGACAAGGUACGAGUUGUAUGUGCGACCAUAGCAUUUGGCAUGGGGAUUGACAAGCCGGAUGUACGCUUUGUUCUGCAUCAUUCAUUACCUAAAUCUGUGGAGGGUUACUACCAGGAGUCAGGUCGUGCUGGCCGUGACGGGCGCACCGCUGUCUGCAUACUUUUCUACAACUACGGGGACAUGCACCGCAUACGACGCAUGGUGGAACAGGAUGUCUCUAACCCAGCUGCUCGACAGACUCACCUCACCAAUCUCUGGCAUGUGGUCAACUUCUGUGAGAACCGCACAGACUGUCGUCGUGCGCAGGUUCUGCACUACUUUGGAGAGAACUUCGAUCGUGAGUUUUGUCGGCGCAACCCACGGGCUUCCUGCGACAACUGUUCCUCACGUGGACGCUGGGUGGUGCGCGAUGUGACGGAUGAUGCACGGGAGCUGGUGCGAUGUGUACAGGGCUUCAACGGCACCAACGUGACGCUGAAUCACAUCAUCGAUAUCUUCCGUGGCGCUGGCAUAAAGAAAAUAAUCGACGGAGGCCACAACAAGCUACCACUUUACGGCAAAGGCAAGGGUUACCGCCGAAUGGACGCAGAACGUCUGGCGCGAAAGCUGGUGCUGGAUGGAUUCCUGAAAGAAGUUAGCACCAUCAACCACCUCGACAUGGCUAUAUCGCACGUGAAGGUGGGAAACCGUGCUUCUGAGCUGGUACAAGGGAGCGCCAAGAUUUCGUUGGCAGUCGAAAAGGAGUCCAAGACUUCAGAAAACCCUGUGUCGUUGCAGGAGCCUGCUGCAGACGCAGAAAUGGACAAAUUAACCGAAUGCUGUCACAGUGAACUUGUGGAAAUGGUCAAGUCACUGGCACGAGAGAAAAACACAUUUUACGGUAACCUCGUCCACAUGGAGGCAUUGCGAGGGCUCGCAAAGGCAUUACCAACUACUGCGGAAGCAAUGCUGCAAGUUCCACAUGUUACGCAGGCCGUCGUGGACAAGUACGGCGCACAGCUUCUGGAUAUCAUAGAGCGGCACGCGGCAGAAAAGAUUGUCCUGGAGGCUGAACGAGAAGCUCAAGCCUCUUCGUCAAAUUCCAACGAAAUUGUACCGCAGCCACCUUCAGCCUUCAUGGAGCGAACUUCAGGGAGAGGAAAACGUCCAUCGGGAGGAGGAGGAGGAGGGGCGGGAAAUCCAGCAAAACGUAUGAAAAAGUUCUACAGGAAGAAAGGAGCUCGGAAGAAUUACGCAUCAUCAUUCAAGGCAAAGCAAACAACAAAGCAGGCAAAGCGUGAGACAUCAUCUGUAGCCAAGGGUCUUGGAACACUGCCCAUGCCCAAGCCAAGCCAUAGUGCAGCAUCACGUUCUUUUCUACCACCACCUAGGAUAUUCGAGGUGUGAUUACUGGGGCAUGUCUUGAGUAUGAAAGAAAGGCACGUGAAAGAGGGACUUGCACGUGCACAGUGACAAGUAGACUGGAGCAGAUAUUGGGACUGUUGUCUGCAACCAUAAAUGCUUUUUUUUUAUCUCUACUUUGAGAGCUGGUGGUGCCACGCUCUGCCUUUUUUUUAACCAAUACACACGUAUAUGCAAGUGUCAAAGUGGCACAGUUUUCUAUAAUAAUAAUCGAAGCUUAUGAGUGUGACAGUGGUUGCAGUAUGAUUGGCAGUACUGACACUUUCUGUUGUACGUUUUAUGUGGCAAAUAUCUUAGAUAACAUGUUUUUUGAUACACUAAAUACAUUAACACAGCAUUAAAACGCAAGAAAAGUUGGUGUGACGAUGUUGAUGGUAUAA